UUUCCGUGAACUGCGAGUACAGGGGCUUCACCAAGAUACCCGACGGCAUACCUGAUGACGUCAUUUCUCUGAACCUCAUGCACAACAAGAUAGAAGAACUGAAAACCGACCAAUUGGAGCGAUUUGGUAAACUGAAAACUCUCGUUUUAAAACACAACGGUCUGCACACCAUCGAAGAAAAUGCUCUUUACGGACUGGAUAACCUUGAAGUGUUAGAUCUCUCUUACAACAAACUGACGUCGGUUCCCUGUGAGGAAUUUCAGUGGAUCCGCAGCUUAAAAACUCUUCAUAUGACGGAAAAUCCGGUCGCGUCACUUUCCGGGCAGUGCUUCCUGUCUUUGAGGCAUAUAGAGGAGAUAGAUCUAUCAAGCAACUCCAUCACGUCCGUUGAAGAGAUUCCGUUUGACAAGCUAGAAAGUCUCAAGGUUCUGGAUCUGUCGGGGAACAGUCUGGAGACGAUUCCUGCAGGUUUUUGCCCCGAAACGGGACAGACGGUCAAUCUGCACUGGAACCCGUGGCUGUGCGACUGUUCACUGCGUCCACUGAGGGAAUGCGAGAGUCUCAGUACGCAGAUCAAGUGCGCCAUGCCGUAUCAAAUCCGCGGAUGGAAGAUCGGAGACCUGGAGAACGCCGACCAGUGGAUGGCGUGUGGGCUCCCCAGGGCGGUGUCAUCGAAGGUCAUGUACAUAGAGGAAGGAGAUGCCGUGAACCUGGCCUGUGACCCGGAAGUCGAUCCGUACGGUGACGUCGUGUGGUGGCUGGUGGAGGACGAGACGUGGCAGGCGCGCGGUGAACUGACCAUCUACGUCAAGAACGACCACGCCGGGACGUACGUCUGCGCUCACGCCAAGGACAAAACAAAAUGGGCGUUCCAGGAGGUCCGAGUCAUUCCCCCUGAAACGUCACCUACGCCUCCGCUUAUUCCACAGGUAAGCACCGAAGGAAAGGGCAGUACCAAAAGCAACACGACACCAUUGAAGACAACCCCGUCCAAAAACGGAGCCACUACUAAAGGCAACACGACACCAACCAAGAUGAGCCCACCCGAAAACGGUGACAGUUCUAAAAGCAGCAGUACGACACCGUUGAAGACAAGCCCAUCAGAAAGCGGUGCCAGUUCUGCACCUUCGGCAGGAAAUGCGCAGUCGUCAUCAUCGCCAAGCCAGAGUCCCGGGGAUAUGUCGGGAAAUGAGGCAGGUGACAACAUUCCCAGUCGUUCAACACCUGCUCUAACCGACUCCGCAAAAGCAUCUACAGCAUCGGGAGCGAAAACCUCUCCCAAAGACGCCUUGGCGUCAACGACUAAGGGAGAUGCGUCAAUGGUGGACACUGUUGAAGCCGGGGAAGACAACAACAACAACGCGGUUCCCUUGGUGCCAGGUUUGGGAUCCAAAACAACACAGAAAACGUCCACUACGUCCGGUGGUGAUGGCGCUAUAGGCGGGCCCUUGUCAGGUUCAGACAGCCAAACGGCAACCCCGCAAAGUGGUCAAGAUGGCGAUUCAGGGAAGUCGCGGCAUAGAGGCGACUCCGUAUACCCGGGUGGUUCCGGUUACGGCCAGGAUCAGACGACACAGACAUCUUCUUCGGUCAGUGGAGUUGGUUUGGUGGCAGGGGUGCUUCCAGACGGCUCGGUCGUGAAGAUACCGAUUAACGAACAAGGCAGCUCAAGCGGCGGACAAGAGACCAAGGCUAGCCCCUCAACAAGAGGGGACAUGAGUGGCCUGUGGGUUAUAAUCGCCGUAGCUGCCAUAGUAGCAACGUAUAUACUCAUUGGCUUGCUCUGUUGCAUCGUGUACAAGUGUAGAAAGAGAAGAAAAGGCAAGGCGCCCAUCGUUAUGAUCGAAGAGAGUCCGGAGAAACACGGCAUAGAGGGAGGGAAUGAAAGUAUCGAACUCGUCGAGAAAAAUCCCAACCUUGCUUUUACUAACAACGCUAACGAUCAGUCUACAGACAGUAGCAUCUCCACCACAGAUACUGUUAAACUGUCUAACGAUGUCGCCAGUCCUACCAAGUGGACAGCUCCGGGCUUUCCUCUCGCUCUUCCUGACCAAAAUGAAGGGCAGAUUCUAGACAGGCACAGCAAAGACCCGUCCGAUCGCACAUCGGGACCCCCUAGAAGUGACGAAAGGUUAACACAAGAGACAGCUAUUUUGGACGACAGUACUGGCAGCGAGGACGAUGAUGAAAUUCCCGAAAACGUCGUCAAUCCCGACAAAUGGAUAAACCCGCACCAGUUGCAGGCCAUUCCUGACCAGAAACCAGACAAUCGCGAUUCCGUUCCCGACGUCAACCGCUCCCCGAAUGGGUCAGAGUCCUUUUGGAAGAACCCACUCACGUCUCUAGACAGAAAGAAGAUACCAAAAGAACCAUUCCAAAGCAAAGAUGGCAACAGCAAGACGCCGAAGUCCCCAGAGGAAAUACCAGACGUCUACCCGCCCCCGGAUCUGUCGGACUUACCUCUAUUUCGGUCGCCGAAAGGACCCAAUGACACACCAUCUAUCCCCGAUGAAAGUAUCUGGAAACGCCUGUCGCAAAUAGAUUCCAUUUCACCAUAUAACUCCUUAACCUCGUCACCAACCUCGUCAGUGAAAAAUGACCCAUCAACUUCUUCGAAGGAGCCGCCAUUCAAAAGCACAGACUCUCCGCCUGCAAAGAUUCAGGAUAGACUUUCCGACCACCUACAACAGAAAACAAAACAAAAGCCAGCAGACGAACCUAAGAAAGAGAACCUCCCGCUGUCUAAUGGAGAUGUUGAAAAGCCGAGCUCGCCUCAAAAGACACCUUCUAACGCAGCUACAAAUAUAGACACUCCACUUGCUACACUUAAAGACAAAACUACUGACCUCUCACCAAGGCGACCGCAAGAACCACCAGUCGAACCUAGAAAAGAGGGCGUUACGCCAGGCCCUAAAAGCAGUGAAAAUCCAAAACCUCCACCCUCCACCCCUCAAUCUCCUUCUGCUUACUCAGAUAAAGGAGACCAGGACAACUUAGAACAGAAGCCACUCAAGUCACCUUUCAAAAAAACCAAGGAUGAGCCGCAAAGUACAAAACCUAAAGAAAAGGGAGCAACUCUUAAGCCGUCGACAUCCACCCCAAGUGAUCAGAAAGACCCGCGACGGCUAUCCCUCCCUCUGUCCGUAGCAGAUAGCCUGAAAAAACUCUCAAUCUUUUCACCUGAGGAUACUCGGGCACCCUCCGAAGCACCGACGAAGCCGCCCAGGAAGUCAAAACUAUCCGGGUAUUCAGGGCUGUCAAGAUCGCGAGACUUUGUCAUACCGCCUUUCGAUAAUUGAUUAAAUUGACUAAAAUGUGAGGCACUGAGGAACGCGUACUACACCCAUAUUAAAGGAGGACAAAGCAGACUAUGGCAGAGUUAACAAAAACAUACAAAGAGAAAUUUACAGCCCUAAACUUGUAGUUACAAUAUUUAUGACAAUCGCUGCUUCAUUAUCAAAUCAUCUAGACAAGCUUUAGCCUACUAGUACAUGUACUCGGCAAAGUAAUACUAGUAGACACUACGAACUGACGUGUCUCUAUUAAUGUCAAGUCAAAUUGUUUAAGAAUGUGACUUUAAUAUUUUCUAUGGCUAGGAACUAUGCAUAUAUAAUAUGUAUACUAGGCUGAGAUAAAUAAUAAUAUAUGGAUCCUGUCUAUAAUGUACAAUUUAGUCGCAGUUAAAAACUGUAAGUUAAGUCAUUGCAUGAGAAAACCAGGCAAAUUCGGUGGAAGGUUGGAAGAUGGGGGUCGGCCAAAUCCGCUCAUAUUUUGUAUAUUGGAUAGGUAUGGGUCGAUAGGCAUAACACAAUCAGACACCACAACAGCCAAAUGCAGACUUAGUUUUUCUAUGUGUUGUACAUGUUGUUGUCGUGAAUCCGUAUCACGGUUCUGUUCGUGCCUACAUUGUAUUUUUAUGUAAGGCCAGUACAAUUCAGCGAUCCGUGAUUUUUUCUGUACUGCUGCCAUGCUAACCACUGACACUGUUUGAAUAAAGAAUGCGU